ACUGGCAGACAAGGCAGUGAAGGAAUAUGCAACCUACCGCUCUGGCCUUCUCUUCUGGGCCCUGGUAGACCUCAUCUACAACAUGUUCAAGAAGGUGCCUACCAGUAACACAGAGGGGGGCUGGUCCUACUCUCUGGCUGAGUUCAUCCGCCACAACGACAUGCCGAUCCACGAGGCUGCAGACAGGGCCCUGAAAACCUUCCAGGAGGAGUUCAUGCCAGUGGAAACGUUUUCUGAGUUUUUGGACGUGGCUGGACUUUUAUCAGAGAUCAAUGAUCCCGACAGCUUCCUCAAGGAUCUUUUGAACUCCAUCCCCUGAGCCUCCAGCACAGAGAAGCGUUGGGCAGAGACCACACUAGCUUGCCUUCCAUCCCUUUGUGUUCCUCCUUGUGCAGUCUGCCCCUUCCUUGAGGAGUGCUGCAGGUUUUUGGGGGCUGUUUUUUGGGUUGUUUGUUGUUUGGUUGGUUUUUGUUUGUUUGUUUGUUCGUUUGUUGUUGGGAUUUUUUUUUAAUUUUAUUUUACUUUCUACAAUUUUUUUUUUUUUCCUUCUUUGGAGUGAUUUUUGGAACUUAGAUUUGUUUUAACUUGUAUUUCAGUGCUUCUGUCUGUAAAGCCUUGUGUAUUUGAGCUGGUUGAAAGGACUUGUACAGAGAGGAAUCCAAACCAGUCAAUCUUAACGCUUUAGUGUGCACCUCUUUGAAGUUAAAUAAAUCGAACAAAUGGG